GAGUGACACGUGAUCACAUGUGGCAGGUUGUUUAUAGCACAGAACAUUGGUUUAAACAUCUUCUAUUCUUCUGGACGAUGCAUACAUAAAUCCAGAAUACGUAGUUCCGUUCGUUUUAAUUCGUUAUUAUAUCUUAAUUCUUUCAUCUAUCUUUUUUCUGCAGCUGUGCAAUUCUAAAAACGCAACAUAGAUAUUUAAAAGUUAACAUGAAUCUAACCAAAGAGAAAUCAUAUGUGUACAAAUAAAUACUUAACCUCCAAUAUUUGGUACAAUACAAUCGUCGCUCGCAAAAAAAUGCUGCACAAGGCGAUUUUAAGAUUAAAGUGCACCGUUCGAACGGUGCACCUUCGCUCUUUGUCGAAGUUGUCGGCCAACUUAAACGAGAAUUCAGACAAAAUGCAAGCCUGGCAGAUACAUUCGUAUAACGGCCUAGAGGAUCUUCGCCUCUCUAACGUCAGGAUGCCGGUGAUUACGAAUCCUACUGACGUUCUAGUGAAGAUCGAAGCUGCUAGCGUGAAUCCCAUCGAUGUUGCGAUGACGGAUGGCUAUGGUAAUACUUUCCUGAAUGUCUUACGUAAAACCAAGAAUUUAUCCUUUAGAACAUUGGGAGAACUGGAUUUACCACUGACAUUAGGUAGAGACUUCGCAGGAAUAGUUGUAUCAAAAGGACACAAUGUAGGUGACAGGCUCGAGAUAGGCGAGGAAGUUUGGGGAGUGAUUCCAAUCGAGCAACAGGGCUGUCAUGCAAAUUAUGUUAUAGUUAACAGUAGUUUAGUAAAUCCACGUCCUCAAAAAUUGUCUUAUAUUGAAGCUGCGAGUAUCUUGUAUGCUGGACUGACUGCAUGGUCUGCACUUUGGAUCACAGGAGGACUAUUUUACAAAACUGCAAUAGCUGUGAGAAUGAACAAACGUGUUCUGGUCAUAGGAGGUUCGGGAGGAGUUGGUACCUUAGCUAUACAGCUAUUGAAAGCUUGGAAUAUGCAUGUAAUUAGCACAUGUAGUAGCGAUGCUGUAGAGAUGCUACAGAAUUUAGAUGCUGAUGUUGUCAUUGAUUAUAAGAAAGAUGACGCGAAUGCAAAAAUUAUUUCAGAAGGACCAUAUGACAUAAUCUUAGACUGUGCCGAAUUAGGACUGGAAUAUGUCAGAACGAAAGGAUAUCCACAUGAUACUUACAUAACAUUAAAUUCACCACUCUUAAAAAAUGUUGAUCAUCAUGGGCUAGUUAUGGGAAUGGCAAAAAAUCUCGAAGAUCUUCUAAAAUUUAAUAUUAUAAAGAGAGAAAAUAAAAGUUGUGUUAAAUGGGGAUUUUUUAUACCUUCCCAAACAGGAAUCAACGUUCUUCAAAAGCUUGUGGAAAACGAAGAGAUUGUACCUGUUGUUCAACAGGUGUAUCCUUUUCAAGAUUUGCCACAGGCAUAUGAGAGAAUGAGGCAAGGACAUUUGAGAGGCAAACUAGUUAUUGACAUGAGAUAG